AUGGGGGAAUGGACUAUACUAGAGAGGCUCCUGGAGGCUGCUGUCCAGCAGCACUCUACUAUGAUAGGAAGGAUCCUACUAACAGUGGUGGUCAUCUUCCGGAUUCUAAUCGUAGCAAUAGUUGGAGAGACUGUCUAUGAUGACGAGCAGACCAUGUUUGUUUGUAACACCUUACAACCGGGCUGCAACCAGGCAUGCUACGACAAGGCAUUUCCCAUUUCACACAUAAGAUAUUGGGUUUUUCAAAUCAUCAUGGUGUGCACUCCGAGUCUUUGUUUUAUCACGUACUCGGUGCAUCAGUCGGCCAAGCAGAAGGAGCGGCGGUACUCAACAGUCUAUCUGACACUAGAUAAGGAUCAAGAUUCACUGAAGCGAGACGAGAGCAAAAAGAUAAAGAACACCAUUAUCAAUGGAGUACUUCAGAACACAGAUAACUCCACCAAAGAAGCCGAGCCGGACUGUUUAGAAGUCAAAGAGAUCCCUAAUUCGGCAAUGAGAACUACAAAGUCCAAAAUGAGGCGACAAGAGGGCAUCUCCAGGUUUUACAUCAUCCAAGUGGUUUUCAGAAACGCGCUGGAAAUAGGCUUUUUGGUGGGUCAGUACUUCUUGUAUGGAUUCAACGUCCCGUCGGUGUACGAAUGUGAUCGCUACCCCUGCAUAAAAGACGUCGAGUGCUACGUCUCCAGACCCACGGAGAAGACUGUGUUCCUGGUCUUCAUGUUCGCGGUCAGCGGGUUUUGUGUGGUGUUGAACCUGGCAGAACUCAAUCAUCUGGGCUGGAGGAAAAUCAAAACGGCGGUGCGAGGUGUGCAGGCUCGGCGGAAGUCAAUUUACGAAAUCAGAAAUAAGGACUUGCCGAGGAUGAGUGUGCCUAAUUUCGGGCGCACUCAGUCCAGUGACUCUGCUUAUGUGUAA